CCCACUUUUGAACCCAAAUUUAGGCUACGCCUUUGCCUGUGACACAACCAAUAAAUGAGAGACACGCCCACCAAACGAGAGAAAAACAUAUGUGGAGCUGUUGAAGACCGUUUCACACGUGGGAACCGUAGCAGCAGCACAGUGCGCACCGGUUAGAGAUUACUGAACGGGCCCGAGAAGACUUCACUGACCCUCGGGGACUUUCCGCCUGAGCUCCAGCCAAGACACUACGGAGGAUUCACCUGGAGACUGAGAGAGACGUUUGUCCACAAGAGAGGACUUCUCUACUCUGCUGUCCUUCUGCAUACAUACAGGUUGAAUCUGCUGCAGCUGGAGAAGGGAUUUAAAAUCACCUGUAAGAUCCAAGAAGAUCCACUCCCUGCUUGUGACAUCGCAGGGGGGAGAGACUGUGGAAUUCGGCAUUCCCCAGAGAUAAAGUAAACAGUACUAAGGGCCACAAAAGAGGUCGUCAGGUCAAGAGAGGUGCCCAUCCAUUGACCAAAAUGGGGAAAAGUAACAGCAAACCUUUGACUGUGACUGUGAAGUCCGAGCUGAAGGGAUGUGCAAAGAUUAUGUGCGAGAAACACGGUGACGAGACAUGCAAACCGCUUUCUUUUUGGGUGAAGACAUUCGGAUUUCCGGAGAAUGGUAGUUUCAGUGUACGUCUGAUACAGAGACUGCAAGAUGAACUGGAUGUUUAUGAGAAAAUGAACGGUUACGGCAGCGUAGACUGGAAAGCAUUUAAGAUGUGGAAACAGGAGGCAGACGAACAACAGAGACGGCGAGAGAAGGGGCGCAAGAAGGCGACGGGGAAAACUAAUCCGUGUCCUCGGCUCUCACAUCCACAGAAAGACCUGAAUCUUGUCCCCGCCUCGGCCGCACAUCAGCCUGUGAAUCCACAGUGGGAAGUCCGAGGUCAGCCGACCCCAGCAGAACCCACCCCGCCGGGCCCGGGGUCAGAAGACGUGCUGGCCGGCCCAGUCUCCGAGGGAAGAAAGUCACAGACAACCCCCGCCAUAAACAAAAUAAUUGAGGUUCCUGAUCUGAGCGAAGCCAGAGCUAGGGAGAUAGACGGCUACGAUGCUUCGACCCUAGAUUCAGAGGCAACAAGAUCACCGACAACCAACGGCAUCGAAAUUAUCGAGGAUCGUGAUCUGAGAGAGAUUGGAGCCAGUGUGAUAGAGGUCUACAGAGCCCGGACACAAAAUUCAGGGACAACAAGAUCACUGACAACCAACGGCAUCGAAAUUAUCGAGGAGCGUGAUCUGAGAGAGAUUGGAGCCAGUGUGAUGGAGGUCUACAGAGCCCGGACACGAGAUUCAGGGACAACAAGAUCACCGACAACCAACGGCAUCGAAAUUAUCGAGGAGCGUGAUCUGAGAGAGAUUGGAGCCAGUGUGAUGGAGGUCUACAGAGCCCGGACACAAAAUUCAGGGAUAAGAAGAUCACAGACAAUCAACGGCAUCGAAAUUAUCGAGGAGCGUGAUCCGAGAGAUAUUGGAGCUGGGGCGAUGGAGGUCUACGGAGCAACAAGAUCCCAGAAAACCCACGGCAUCAUCCAAAUAGUUCAGGUGCCUGAUUCCUACAAAGUCUUGACGCCAGACGAGAUAAGCUCCAUUGCCAAAGAAAUGCCAAAUAUAGACAAACGAGGAGGGGCUGCGUUUGUUAAAAUACUGUCCCAGAUUGUGCAGCAAUUCAAACCGAGUCUGAGAGAAAUCUACAGUCUCCUAAUCCACAGCCUGAAACUGAAAUUUUGCGAAGUACGAGGAGUCUGGCUAGAGAGAGACGGGCGUUACGACUGGACACCAGGCGCUGGAUAUCGUGAACAUGUGGAGGAGAUCUGCGAGAGAAUUAAAACGACGUUCCCAGCCAUCGAGAGAUGGGAGGCGAUACGCUGGAGGCAAAAGCCUGGCGAAACGGUGGAAGACCACCUGAUCCGAUUGACGAAGGAGUUUGACGAUAACAGCGGAUUGGACCCAGACACGCCCCUGUAUGGCUCACUGCUAAAGCACUACUUCCUGCUGGGCAUGGAUGAACAAAUCAAAGACCAGGCAUUCAAACAUUCGCCGCUAUGGGAUAUGGAACCCCUGUCAUCCAUCCAAGCACACGCUGUACAUGCUGAACAAACUCUGAGAGAUUUGGAUGACAAGAAAAAGCAAGCAGAAGCUCAAAAGGAGGAAAGGCUCACGAAGGAGCUGAUUCAAGCUCUGCAGGCAUUAAACGGAGGGAGAAACGGAGGGCAAGGUCCGAGCAGAGGAUCACGGAGGCACGGAUGCUGGAAUUGUGGAGACCCCUCCCACUGGAAAAGAGACUGUGACCAGUCAGGAUGAGGACUGGUGGGCGGCAGAGGACACUCCAGAGGAGGAGGAAGUAUUCAGAUUCUUUACUUAAAGACUCCACUCAAAAAUGUAUUUUUUUAGGUUUAUGUCUCCUAACAUGUCAUACAGUGGCUAUACUGACUUGUAUCUGUGCUAAUUGUGUCACUAGAGAGGUCUUUUAAAGGGAUACGCCACCGUUUGUUGAAAUAGGGCUUAUCCCGGUCUCCCCUAGCUGUAGAU